UUUUUUUUUGUUGGUACCGCUAAUAACUCGUAAGGAGACAGUGAAUAUUCUCUCUGUCGGUGCGUUUUUGGUCAACUCCCUUCCUAAAUGAGUGUCUCUAAACAAAUGGGGUGCCGUUAUGUGUUUCCAGGGGAUCAUUUCGCAGACGGACUUGUAAACAUGCUAACAGCUAACCGCUAACCCUGUGGCGCAAGCAUGAGUUCAGGAAAUGUGAUAGGAGUUCAUUAGCGAGCCAGAAACAGCACACAGAGGCUCAACCGUCUGCAUUAUUCCACUGAGGUUUACAUGUUAGCCUCUUAGUGAAGAUAUGAAAUUACUCUUUCUUGCCUGUCUCAGCCCUAAAACCGGGAACCACACUACAGCUGAGAGGAUAAGGUCCCACAUUGAGUCAGCGGGACACACUUGUGACCUCAGAGAUGCAGCAGAAUUUCAGUCUCCCGCUGAGGUGGCAAACCUAGUCUCUCAAAGUCCUCCCUUUGAGGGUGCGCUGGCUAUUCAUCUGUACAGAGCAGGCAGACUUCUCUUAGACAUCCAAGUACCCUUUGGCGUUAUCUUUGGCGGAACAGACAUAAAUGAAGAUGUGAAAGUUGAGCAGAAGCGUGUGGUUAUGGAGCAGGUGCUACUGAAAGCCAGAUUUGCAGUUGCAUUUACAAGCAAAAUGAAAGAAGAGGCUGAGUUCUUUUUGCUGUCCCAGAGCAGUAAAAUCUAUGUGCAGCCCCAAGGUAUCCAGACUGAAGUGGAAGAGAAGUUCUGCUGGGCUGAAUUCUUGAGGAGCUCAGGUGUAAGCACGGAGCAUGUGGAUGAGCUGCGUGUCUUCCUGUUGGUCUGCGGCCUCAGAAGAGUCAAGGACCCCCUCUACCUGGUGGAAGUUUUUUCGGAGUGGCAUUGUGAGAAUCCACUGAAUGUUUUGGUCAUUAUUGGGCCAAAGUCAUCGCUGGCAUCCUUGAGGAAAACAGAGCUUUUGACAGUCGGUGUCUCUUUGAUGUGUCGGCCUUCUCUUAGAUUGAUCCUGCACUUACUGUUGAAGUGGGAGCUGUUGUUCAAAGCAGGGGUCUUCUUGGCCCAGGAGAGGAGCCAACAGGAGCUUCACGCUGCCGUGAAAAGGUGCUUCGCCGUGGUCAACAGCUCCGUCUCGGAGGGCAUGUCAGCAGCCAUCUUGGAGGCCAUGGACCUCGGGGUGCCCGUGUUGGCCAGGGACAUUCCAGGGAAUGCAGCUGUAGUGCAGCAUGAGUUCACUGGCCUGCUGUACUCAUCUCCUCAGGAAUUUGUGCAUCAAUCUCAGAGGCUGGUGGCAGAUCAUGAGCUGAGAGAGAGAGUGGUAAGAAAUGGAAAACUCUACGUGGAAGAGCAUCACAGCCUGAAACAGGAGAGAGAAACCUACCAGCGGCUGGUGGACACCCUGCUCUGAGCGUAAGGUCGCGGCAUUCAACCCCUACUCUGGAUACUUUCUCAGGAACUUCGGCGACAGAGGACAGGGCAUUACACCGGUCUGUCUACCUUGCAUAGGUAUAAUCAUCACAAGUGUCUUUUAAGGAAUCAGGAUACUAAUAUGCAAAAUAAUCCCGUUUUAUCUGCACUGCCAGACAGAAAUUAUGCUGCAGAGCACUUUGAACCAAAGACCUAGACAAGAAAUGGUUGUUUGUCUUGUUAAUAUAUUUAAUAUAUUGAUGAAACUAAUGAUGUACUGUUAUUUAUGUUUUAGUAUACAUAUAGAGAAAACUUGGGUUUUCUGUUUACUCAUUCUACUUAAUAAAAACAACUGUUGUUGAGCGGUUGGUGAGCUGAGAACACUGGUGGACUCGAGGGUUGCCUCCAUGUUAGAAUGAAACACAGCAAAAGUGCCCUCUAUGGUGGCCCAGUGUGCAAAAAAAAACCAUGAUAACGUUCCCUCUAUAGUGCCUUUCCAGUGUAGAAUGUAAUGCAGUGCCGUAUAGUCUGCCUUACAUGCUAGAAAAUUAGUAGUAUUUAAUAAUAAUACUUUGAAGUCAUAAUAAAACAAUUUUAAUCUUGCCCCACCAGAUGCAAUUGGUGCCCUUCUUAUUUUUUCAGCCCUCAGACAGUCUACCACUGUCUAAGAAUGUAUGCUGUUGUAAUUACCUUUAUUGAGAAUCUCUGUUUCUCAUGCUUAUAAAAAGUUCUGUUAAAUCUUGAUUUCCCCUCAAAUGCUGUGCAGGAUCAGCUAAUCUACUCUACCUAAAACAGUUCCUAUAUUUCUUAUUCUCCCAGUCUGUAUGCUACCACAUUCAUUUUUAAUGAAGUGCAACGGUUGGCUUGCACACAUCCAAGUCCCGAGCAAAAACUCAAUUUGUGUAAAGGGCAGAGGGGCACAAAAGGUUCUUGUAAUUUGCAGAUACAAAGGUUGAUUUUGGCCACACACUGUGGCAAUGGCUGCUUGGAAAACCGUGAAUAUUAUAUAUAAAUAAAGUUCAGCACUAUACAAUAUUUUUGAUGCAACUGUAAAAUUAAGCAUUACAGAAAAUAUACACCAACAUCAGGAGCAUGCUGUUACCAGAGAGGCAGGUGUUUAACAUAGAAAAUCAGUUGAAAGACAAUAUUCAAGAUAAUAGUGUUUUUAAUGAAAAAAAAAUCUAAUGGAAAUUAGAUUAGCUUUAAUUUACAAAGAAAAAUGUAUUGAUAUUACAUGAUAGAAAACACUCAUUUCAGUUAGAAUUAUGUUUAAUCAAAGCCACAUUUUUGGUGAAAUCCAUAUCUGUCAAACUGAGUUCUCUAUUAUAACUGGUAAUAAAUAUAUUUGUUAUUAGGGA